AUGAGACCUCGGGGUAGAGAGCAGGAGACGGCGACGCCGCCGCCUUCUUCGCCGCCACGGCAAGUGAAGGGGAGCCUCAGCAGCAUGGUGGUGAUGCCGGACAGCGCCGCUGACGGGAGCGGAAAAAGUGAAAUGGAGAACGGCGACGCGCGUAACUCUGGUCGCCAGCCUGAGGAGUCGGCGGAGCUUCAUCACAACCGUUCUCAAAGAUACUCUGAUGAUUCAGGUCUGCCUCUAUUCUACGUUCUCCUGAAAUCCUUGAAAACAUGAAAUGUUCGAUAUUUGUUGGCGAACUCUCGAUUGAUUCGACUAUGUGUUCAUUCGUGUUUCGCCAUCUGCGCAUAUUUUCUCUUGGUUAUGUGCGCUCUAGUGGGACUCCAUGCCAAGCGUUUACGAAUUAUGUGAAAAAUAUCUAGGGUUUUGAAGCCUAUAUUUCUUUUGGUUCCCUCGUCAGUCUUAAAUAUUUGGGGAUGAUAACCUUCGAACCGUACCUUUAGUGUUCUUGUAUGUAAUCGCAGCUUGCCCUUGGACAGUGAUAUGCUAUUUAGAUAUUCAUAUCCUUCAAAACUUCGUUUGCGUCUCUUUCGCAAACAUAUAUUUACUUUGUAUUUUAUUCCUUUCUAACUAUCACGAUAUUUUUUUCCUGUUUUGUAAUUACUCAUGUCAAUAACAUCUUUUUUGGGUCCUGAUCGGUUCUACAGAUCACCUUUGCCUUGGUGGCACUUCAGUUAGCUAAUCAUAGGGAGACAAUAGUGCAUGACUGAUUGACAUACUGUUCCAGUUUUACCCAUGAUGCAACUGGUUAUCAUUAAUCUGGUAUCUACUAAUACAGUGCCGUGUUUUCCCCAUAUACCAAUAUUUCAAAUGGAUCUAGGCGUUACUAUUUAUGUAGCAGUCUCUAUGAUUUGGAGUAUUCCUUUCAAUUCUGUCGGCAUUAGUUUAUUAUAAAUUACAACCUUGUGCGAACUGAUCAUUGUGGCCUAAUUUUGAGUUAUGCUCCAUAUAAAGUCAGAUGUCUGGCCACUUUAAUCACAAUUUGAGCAUGAACCUUUGUCUUGUUACAUCUUUCAGAUGUCUGGUUUGGACCCGAGAAUAUUGGUUAAGAAUUUUUUGUCACUACCAUUGCGGGCAUUUCACACUUGGGGAAGUAUGUGGUAAACAGAGAUUUGGCGCCAAUAUUGGAUGUGGGAGAGAUUUGGGUUUGACUGGUCAACCAUGGAUAGCAGGCAUUCAAUUUGAAUGAAUGUUACUCACAGGGGAAUUUUGGGUGUAUGGUAACUGAGAAACUCCAUGUUUAUGCAAGGAGAUAGAUGAUUAAUGAAUGCAAGAGACAUUCUUCUGGUUUUUUUCUCUAGAAAGCUUGGCCUUGAAGUUUAGGGAGAAAAGUCUGUAUUUGGGUUUCUGUUUGGAUUAAUGCUAAAACCCAGAGGAAUUUGGGGUCCAUGAGGAGUGGGAGUACCCAAGAUUUGUCAGGGCGAUGGAAAAAUCAAGAAAAGCAGAGGGAUCCUUUCUGGUGUUUCUUUCCCAUGGAGGUUGGCCUUCAAGUAUAGAAAGAAGAGUUCGACUUUUGAUGUUGUUGGAGUGUGACAACUAAUCGUUUCAUUUCGCGUUACUUCCGACUUUCAGGGUUGUUGAGGUGUGAUGCAAUUCUGCAAUUGCUUCACCAUAAGGUUUUCAGUGAAAGCUCCAUCUCAUGCCAGAUUUUAUUCAUGUUGGAUGAGGCAUCGCCACUUUCUCAUGGUCUUUCUGCCCUUCGAGUUCACAACUGCUACAUGGAACAAAUUAACAAGUAAUGUGAAUAUGGAUAGAUGGGAUUCUUGUGUGCAAUGCCAUGGUUCAGAUGGAGAUCUAAGGAUAGGAGGCUUGUAUUGAAGCCCUCGGUUGUUAAGCUACACGGGACUGAUGGACAAGUAUCUGAACGUGACACGUGCCAAACUUCCACAGAAUUGUUAUACUAGGUUCUUAAGGCGAAGAUAAUGCAAAAAAGUUUGACGAGGUGCCAACAAGGUAAUAUAUCCUUGAUGGACAAUGUCUUGCCACUUUCAAAUGCACAGCUGAUUCCUCUUCUUUAACGGGUGGGUAUCAAAUGGAUGCUCCUUGAACUGCUGUUAUGGAUACUGCUGUCAAUUUGCUUUUCUAUUUUUUCUCUCAAGGUCAUGAGUCACAUCUCCAGUUGGGUUACGUACUGAUUGAUGGCAUUUCCAUUUUUGUGUUUGAAAACUGUUUUAGUCAUCUUAGAUCGUUGGACUACAGGAGAGAGCACAUUGUGGUCUGAAAUUAACAAAAAAAAUCUUGGUAGAUAAUGGGCCAGCAACCACUGACUUGGCACUAAUCAGCGGAACCUACAAUAUUCAAUGGCCCUGGUACGUGGUUUGUUUCAGAUCCAUCCCAUGGAGGUGAUCCCAAGAUCCCAACAAGAACGUUUCCAAAGAUGUUUCCCUAAACAGCCAUCUUGGGUAACAAAGUCGACUGUGGCAUCAAGCGGAAUUGUGCCAAACCCUACGGAAGUUGCAGUCGGUCCUCAUGGCAGUGAUCUAGUGAAGAUUUAUCUAUAUGUGGGGACAAGCUUUUAGCGACAAGGAAGCCUGACAAAUCAACCCACAGACGUAGGUAAUGAACUGCUUCAGAUACUAUUCUUUCCUGGAUGCAUAGGGUUUUUAGCUGCGGUGCAUGGAUUAGAUGGAUUAACAACUGGAGAAUUGUGAGAUAUCUUGCUCCUUUUAACAACGGUAUGGAUUAGUCGCACUUGAAAACGACGACCCCAUUAGGCUUCCUGUUGCAUGUUGCGGUCCAUCACCAUCUAGAUGCCCGGAUGGCCGUGCCCGGUGGAGUUGCAGGCAGCUUCUUCUCGGAAGUCCCCUUGGUCGUAGGCUUGUGAAUGAGCUCUGGAUGUGGGUUCCUUCAGUUGUUGCUCCUUGAAUGGCUCUCAUUGCUCCCAUGCCGUGCUUACUCUUCUUAUUUUCAGGGUAUGGCACUCGUGCAGGUUCUCUGUUGUCAACCCAGCAUAAGUCAAAGUACCACAACCACCACUAUGGGCGAGAGGCCGACCAGUCGCCGCAUCACCGUCGCCGAUCCCCAUACUCGAGGCGGCCGGAGGGCCGCCACUAUGACCUUGAAUUCCAUCCACAGCGGGGAGGGCAGCACGGCCGCCUCUCCCCUCCCCUCAGGAGGUUACCAGAUCACCGGCGGUACGAUCAGGACUACGACCAUGUGGAGCGGCCUCGUGGCGGCGGAUCCCCCCUGCGGCGGCGGAGCUUUGAUCGGCACCCGUACGAUGGCCCCGAGUUUGACCGUGGCUCUCCACCCCGCCGGCGGCCAGAGCAUCGACCGUACGAUUAUGACUUUGAUCAGCCACGGGCAGAGCACAAUGGCCGCGAAUUCUGGGACGACAGGGGUGGCAGUGGCAGUGGCGGUGGCAGCAGGUUCCGAGACGUGUCGCCAGGCUAUGGACGCGGGAGGGGCGGGCGGAGCUUCCGGAGCGGUGCGUCCCCCCCGACGUACGGCCGCGGAAGGGACGGCAGCAGAUCUCGUGACCUCUCCCCUCCGCCGUAUGGGCGCGGCGGCAGAGGUCGCGGCGGGUUCCACCGCGACAUCUCACCACCUUUCGGCCGCCAAAGGGACGGAAGGCCCUAUGGCAGAGGCCUGGACGACCGUGGGCCUGAAGGCGGCGCCACCAGGAACGAUCCAAACUUGGCUCCCAGGGCGGGGGACUGGAUCUGCAAGAACCCUCUGUAAGUUCCCUUCUCCUCCUUCCUUCUUCCUUGGUUUCCAUGUUCGAAGUCUCUGUGAUGCCCUGUUUUCCCUUGUUUCAGAUGCGGGAACCUGAACUUUGCUCGCCGGGAGUACUGCAACAAGUGCAACAAGUUUCGUUACGAUUUCGCCGAUGGCGGCGGCGGAGGAAGCCACUCAGGGAUGCCGCCGGCAAGGAUCUCCGGCGGCCCGCCACCGCCACGGAGGGACGCCGGCAGCUUCGAGUCCCCCCCGCGCGGCUGGGGGAGGGACGGGCCCAGAGGGUCACCUUUCCGAGGCCCCAACCCGCAGUUGGGGAAGCCGGACUACUACGAGGAGGCGGCGGGGAGCUUCAGAGGAAGAGACCGGAUCGACAGGGCGCCGCCGCCGCCUAAGUUGACCCGCGAGAGAGGGUACGACCAGCGGCCGCCGCCAUCCCCCCGCGGCGGCAGCCGCUGGGAGGAGCUCCGGGAGAGGAGCAGGUCGCCGCCGCCCAAGGGCUUUGGUCGGAGUUCGUACAUGGGUCGAGGCAGGGGAGAUCGCUACCGGGCCUGGCAGGAAUGA